AACUAGUCUAGUUUCCCUUGAAUUCACUCUGUUGUCACACUUUAUUAUGAAAUUAUUUAUAAAGUUGUUUUUUUUUUAAUGUGUUACAAAUAAUGGAUGGGUAUGUCACCAAGAGGGAUAUAAUGUGUGUUCGUUUCACUUUAAUCCAUUUACAGUAAAGUCUUUUUCACAUCCGGAUUUGGAUGCAAGUGAAUCUUUUGGCCUUUUGUUCGAGAAGGUUCAGCCCCUCCCUCUCAGGGCCUCGACUCCACAAGUUCUUUCUGUAUUUAUUAUAACUAUAUUUAUUAUGGAUAUAUGUAUUGUCUGACAUGAGAAACGCGCUUGUCUUUUUGGAGACAGGAGGGGGGAAAAAAAGCAGCGACAACAUGCGCUAUGUCAAUAAUAAAUGCUAUGGCGUUAGCCCCUGACGGCGGUGUGAGUACUGAGUUCGGCCCCGCCCUCCCAGCGCCGCACUGGCCCGCCCUGCUCACACAAACUCCCCGCCUGAGCUCUGCCCGAGUCUGGGGAAAGCGUACGGCCUGGAGGCGGUGUGUGAAAAAGGAGUUCAAAUAUUAUGCCGAUGACCAAGGGGGUCGAUGGAUGAAGAUGUGACGACCCUCUCUCCCCAUUCCCACCAGCCCAAGAUCAUCUUCCAUGGGUCAGGUGGGGAUGGUGAAGCCGAGGAGGAUGAGGUGGCAGUGGAGCUACACGAGACGGUACUGGUCUCUGGAGUGGAGGAUGAUGGGAUAGCGGUGCAUGGUUUUUCCACAGAUGAACUGGUUAUCCAGGAUGCCAUGGGAGAUGUCGUGGCUGAGUAUGUACAGGACGACGAUGAGGAGGAGGAUGAGGAAGGCCUAAGCACCAUCGCUGUGGGGACAUGCGUGAUGUCACCGGGGAUAGCUCUGGAGGACGUGCUCAAUUCCUCUCAGGUGCAGGAGGACCCGGAUGGGUGUGAAAACUACCUCAUGAUUUCCUUGGAAGAACCUGGGAAGAUUGUGUCGGAUGAUGACGCUAAGGUUACAACUGAGGGCACUUUAGAGGAGCAGGACGACGGCGAAAAGGACGACGAUGAGGGUCAAGAGGUCAUCAAGGUUUAUAUCCUGAAGGCUGAUUCAGGAGAUGACGACCUGGGUGGCACUGUGGACAUUGGAGACGCUGACAUUGAAGUGGACGAAAGUGUGGAGUUGAUGGAUCCGUCUGCACUCAGUGAUAAAAUGGUCCUUAUGCCUGUUGGAGAAGCCAGUCAGAAUCAGGAAGACAUUAAUGUGGCUAAGAUAACUGAUGAAGUGUACAUGGAGGUGGUGGUGGGCGGUGAGGAGCCCGCCAAUCACCAGCGGCCGUUUGAUAACACCUCACUUAGCAAGGACUUCAUGCCUGUAGCUUGGGCAGCUGCUUAUGGUGGGCAGGAGGCCGAGAGCUGUGAGAACAGGAACGGAGCGGCCAGCGCAGUGUUGCACGUCGAAGAGUCGGACAUCAUGGAGAAAAUCAACCACCAGCGAAUCAAAAGCAAGAACAGGAAACACACAGAGACGCGUCACAUCCAGACAGCAAUUAUCAUCGGUCCAUAUGGACAGCCUCUCACAGUGUAUCCAUGCAUGCUGUGCGGAAAGAAAUUCAAAUCGCGAGGUUUUCUGAAGCGCCACACCAAGAACCAUCACCAGGAUGUCGUAAACAAGAAGAAGUACCAGUGUACAGACUGUGACUUCACCACCAACAAGAAAGCCAGCCUCCACAAUCACAUGGAGAUCCACACGAUGAGCAGCAAGAGCGCACCUUUCGAGUGCGAGGUGUGCGGCAAAGAGUUCCACCAGCAGGUGGCGUUCUUGUCUCACCGACACCAACACCAUUACAGAGAGCCGAAGCUGCAGAUUCCACCGGCCACCGCCACCAAAAUGCACGGCUGCAAGUUCUGCGAUUACGAGACGGCCGAGCAAGGACUCCUUAACCGGCACUUGCUGGCCGUACACAGUAAAAACUUCCCUCACAUCUGCGUGGAGUGCGGGAAGGGCUUCCGGCACCCUUCGGAGCUCAAGAAGCACAUGAGGACUCACACCGGGGAAAAGCCGUACUCGUGCCUGUACUGCAGCUACAAAUCGGCCGACUCUUCCAACCUGAAGACGCACGUGAAGACCAAGCACAGCAAAGAGACGCCGCACAAGUGCGAGCGCUGCUUCCAGACCUUCGCCGAUCCCGAGGAGCUUCAGCAGCACGCGCUCGCGCACGAGGAGGAAGCCAAGAGCCACCAGUGCGUGCACUGCGAGCAUCGCAGCUCCAACUCCAGCGACCUGAAGCGCCACGUCAUUUCCGUUCACACUAAAGAAUACCCGCAUAAGUGCGGCACGUGUGGGAAAGGCUUCCACCGGCCCUCCGAGCUCAAAAAGCACUCGGCCGCUCACAAGGCCAAAAAACUGCACCAUUGUCGCCAUUGCAGCUUCAGGAUCGGAGAUCCGUUCGUGCUCAGCCGCCACAUCCUGUCUGUCCACACCAAAGAAACGCAACAGCAAACGCCGUUCUCGGACAAAAAAGGCCUGAAGAAGGCGUUUGUCCUGGGUGCUCACGGAGGGAAAAAGGUUUUGGCCAAAGUGCACAGGGAGCGGAGGGUGUAUCAGUGUCAGUAUUGUGAUUACAGCACAGGAGAUGCCUCUGGCUUUAAGAGACACGUCAUUUCCAUCCACACCAAGGAUUACCCACACCGCUGCGAUUUCUGCUCCAAGGGCUUCCGCAGGCCAUCGGAGAAAAACCAGCACAUUGCACGCCAUCACAAAGACAUGAUGGCAUCUGUGUGAUGUCAGGCAACCUGACUGGAGUGUAUGGGGUGUGCGAUAUGGCAAAAAAAAAAAGUAAAAAAAAAAAGCACAUCAUAAUUUUUAGUUUCAGAGAUAUUUGGCUAACAGCAUAACUGUAAAAUUGAGUUGAACUUUUUUUUUUAAUUCAGUGUUUAAAAAAAAUGAGGCUAUUUUUCCCAUGAGGGUAAAUUAAACAAUUGGUUCUAGGAACCGAUUUUAACCUCCAAUCAGCGACCUGCGCUUGGUCGAGUAGUGACCGACAUGUUAAAAAAACCAUAAUGAUGUCAUUUAUCAUGAUCUUGAUGUGCCAUGUUGUCGCAUCGCACGCCCUUCGAGUCCUCUCUUUUAUCGGCUUCUUGUUCAUUCGCAUCGAUCAUGCUAACGCCAAGAACACGUCUACUGUAGAGAUAGCGUCCUAACAUUGUCACCAUGUCGUCCCCCUUCUCCACUGUCACUGUGUUCCAUUUCCUAAUCGUUAUAUUCUGCCGCUUCGUUCUGUCGGAGUGUGUGUGUGUGUGUGUGUGUGUGUGUGUGUGUGACGCUGGGUAUGAAAUUCUCAGACGGUAAUAUUAGCACAACAGUGUAUUAGAAGUCGGUAACGGAAUACACACGCCCGCCACAAUUGUAGGGUAUGGAAUUAAAUUUGCGUAUCGCAAAGUAUCGGACGGAAUUUUUUUAACAAACGAACAAAAAUAUACAGUGAGAAAGAUGAGGGACUCGGGGGGGGGGGGGGGGGGCAAAAAUGUAUAACUUGGUCUUCAAAUGAGCGGCGUUCUUCGUUGAGAGUUUUCUAAACUUCGUUUUCUCUCAUCACCGUUAAUGAAUGCGCCGCUAGCGUUUUCGCGUACGCUUUCAAAGUAUUUGUUUACGUUCUGGGACUGAACUCUCGUGUGGGCGGGGCUUAACAGCGAUUUACUGUCAUUGGCUAGUGAGAUUUGGAUCGGUAGCUCGGGUGUCCAGCCGAGGAGGAGGACGAUGGCGACGCCGCCGCUCCGUACCUCUCCCGAGAGCUCAUCUCGAAAAGACAGUCGUAUGAGACUACCCAAACCUCAAAUAUCGAUUACAGACUAAUAUACCGACUAAGUCAUUUCCACUACGAAGUACAAACACUAUAACUCUACAGAGAACAUCUUCCAGAACGCUCUCCAAAAUUCACAACAACAAAAUCUAUACUUCCUGGUCAGGGAACUAUCGAUCCAAACCUCACUAGCCAAUGAGAGUAAAUCGCUGUCAAGCCCCGCCCACACGAGAGGUUUGCACCAGGACGGCGAACGUACACUUGCGGAGCGUAAACGAAAACUCUGCCAGCGUAUUCAUAAAGCGUGAUUAACGAAAAGGAAGCUUAGAAAGCGGUUAACGAAGAGCGUGUGUGUGUGUGUGUGUGUGUGUGUGUGUGUGUGUGUGUGUGUGUGCGCACCACAGAAGGGAAUUUUGACAUUUCCCAGCACUGAGGAAAGAACAGAAUUGAUUAUGAAAUGUGAUGCAAAACUUUUUAAAAAAAUAAGAUCACGAGUUCGAUCUGAGAGGGGAGGGACGGGGUACUCUCUCUCUCUCUCUCUCUCUCUCUCUCUCUCCCCUGUCAAUCAUAGCGACACUGGCCAAUCACAGUUCUGUGUGAGUGGGGGGAAGGAAAAAAAAAAAAAAGUGUUUUUUUUUUUGUUUUGUUUUUUUUAAUGUUGAAUAUUUAUUAAUGAAAUUCAACAACUUUCACUGUGUCAGUAAGCCUGCUGUUCUUUUUUUUAGUAGCUGGAAAUACGCAGGAAUUCUUUUGUUUGCUGAACGCACAUACACUACAGAUGAGGUGGAGAUUAGCGUGAAACAUGCCUUUAAUCACUUUGGAUUCACAUUCUCAUCAAACCCUUGUCGAAUUAUUUAAAAGUCUGGUAUGAAAUAACCAGCCUUGGGAGACGUGAGUCCUCACGCUGCGUAAGGCAGUCUCCCCGGGGUACUGACGAUCGUCUGAGGCGUCUGUGCUAAACGUCGUGUUAUAUAACAGCCGUGCCUGUCGAACACACUGCCGACAGAAGGAGGUCGCGAAUUUGAUUUGAAUUCAUUCAGUUUGAUGAUUAUGUUCAUGGUCUGGCGUCGUUUUUUUUUUUGUUUGUUUGUUUUAAAGGAACAUUCUCGCCGUUUUAAAACCCUCACGCUUGCAUUUUCUGUUAAAUUAUAAAGAGGGGUUUCUUGCACAACUUCCAAUUCGUAGCCUGACUGAUCCGGCGUAAAACGAAUUCUAUACUAGCUUUGUUUAUGCUAUAAAUGUUAUAAUUAAAUCCAGAGUAUCAUUGAAUCACGAGCAGCCCUGUGAGCUCUUCACGUGUUAAAAUGUCUCCAUUUCAGGAAUCGGUCUACAUGUCGCAUUUCAUCUGCUCUUGAUGGGUUGAAAACUUCAGCUCAGAUUCAGUACCAUGCAGUCUUUCAGGACGAUAUUGUAAUGAUCCUGACGGUCGGUAUGAUAUUGGUGCGUUCCAGGCCCGCACAUGCAGGAUCCAUUACCUUACGUUAAACCCAACACGCCAGAAAAAACUGCUUUGGAUGUAUUAUGCAACGACACCAGCUUCACCACAGAUGCAGGAAAUCUUCUGAACACGAGGAUUUAUCAUAGAAGCUUGGCACCAUUUACUCUAAUUUGUCUGUAUUUAUGUAGCCCGUUCAUAUUGGAAUCAUGACUGUGUUUAAAUUUGGCAGUUUUCAGCUGUGUGUGUGUGUGUGUGUGUGUGUGUGUGUGUGUGUGUGGGGCUUGUGUCUGAGAGACGUUUUGUUGUAAAACCAUUAACGAAUGACUAAACAAACUACACGCGAGAUAUAAAGUAUUUAUAUCACAAUAAACUUCUCACAGUUCAUAAGGUUGUCAUGACACAUCAGCUUGACAUGUCUUAACUAAGAGCCCUUAGGAGAGAUGUGUCCUUUAUUCUACCUAUCUAUUCUGCCUACUUCUGAAACAGAUUUUAAGUGCAGAAUCAUCUCGUUAAGGGGACUGGACACGGUGUCGUGACCGGAAACCUUUCGAGGAAAGAUGCACACGAUUCUCGCAAAAAAAUCUUAACGUAUAACUUUGAAUCGGUAUAUUCUGAAAGACGUUGUGUACAUAUAGAACUUUUGUAAAUACAGAAUUAUUAAAAAACAUUUAGACGA